CCAUCACAACUGAGGUGGCAAGUUAUUGUUUCGGUCUAUGAUUAUCUGAGUACAUUUCUGCAAUUAUGUCUUCUCCUGGUAAGAUGGGGGCAGUUUCAAGGUCAGCAAGAAGACUUUCACGAACAAAAAGCAAGAAAAAACAUUUUGUACAUCAAAAAGUGGAAGUAUUCUGGGCCAGCGAUCCCAUCUUGACUGUGUUUAUGUGGGGCAUCAAUCACACGAUAAACGACCUCUUUCAAGUGCCUAUGCCAGUAAUGCUACUUCCAGAUGACUUCAAAGCCAACAUAAAAAUGAAAGUCAACAACCAUUUAUUCAACAAGGAAAACCUCCCUGGACAUUUUAAGUUUAAGGAGUACUGCCCACUGGUGUUCCGGAAUCUGCGAGAGCGAUUUGGAGUUGAACAUCAGGAUUAUCUGGUUUCUCUUACACGUAGUCCUCCAGGAAAGGAUGGCAAGAGUCAGGAAGCGGGAUUGGUGUUGACAUCAUAUGACCGUACACUAAUUGUCAAGCAAAUCUCUAGUGAGGAGGUGGAGGACAUGCACAACAUUCUUUCAGAAUACCACCAGCUUGAUGCAUGA